AUGGAGCGAAAGAGGAAUGCACCUGCACCACGCAGUCAAACACUCGACAAGUUCUUUACUUCAAAAAAGAAAAAGAGUGAACAACCUGAACACAUGGAUGUGGCACCCGAACCCCAGUCUGACAUAGCCUCCACUUCUUCAACUCAUGAAGUACAGUCCCAAACACUUCCUGAAGACCGAGGGUGUAAAUCAUCAAAAUGCCAUGUUGCUCAAAGUCAAAGUAAAAUUGACGACAUAGACAUCGGAGAGUUAUUGGCUAGAGGGAAGGAUAAAUUGAACCACACUGAUCUAAUGAGUGCCCUAAAAGGUUGCCGUGUUCCCCACAAGGAUCAUCUACCAUACUCGAUGCACAAAAAGGGUGGUAAAAUGGAGAAAAGGUACCUUGGGAGGCAUUACUAUGAUACCUUUCCAUGGCUCACGUCGAGUGAGAUGGAUGGCUAUGAGGGUGCUUGGUGUAUCUGGUGUGCAUUAUUCAAGUCUUCCAGCACCUGUGGGGGCCACUGGGAUAUGGGGACACAAACUGUGGGUGCGUUAGUGAAGAAGCCCCUGAAAUCAUUUGCAAAACUUACAGGGAAGGACGGCGCUCUCACAAACCAUGCAGACACCAACUACCACAAGUCUGUCGCCAGCAUGGUAACGGAAUUCCUUGCCCGAGCCCAGGUAGAUUCCAAAAAUGACAUAGGAAGUCUGAUCGACAAAAAUAGAGAAGAGAAGAGACAGGAAAAUAGAUCUGUAUUAAAAAUAAUAACUGAUACAGUCAUAGCAUGCGCACGUCAAAACAUAGCUCUGAGGGGCCAUCGGGAUAGUGGCAAACUUGGUCUAGAUGAGCCGGAGGAGAAUGAUGGCAAUUUGAGAUCGCUACUAAGGAUGAGGAUUCGUGCUGGCGAUACGAAGCUGAAGCACCAUGUCACACACGGUCUUGGAAAUGCCCAGUACAUCAGCCCCGAGAUCCAGAACGAAAUACUUGACUGUACAUCGGCAUUAGUCAAGGAGAAGAUUCUCUAUAAAGCCAAGCAGGCAGGAGUGUGGAGCGUCAUCGCAGAUGAGACAACGGACAGAAAGAAAAGAGAGCAAUUGACAAUAGCUUUAAGAUACGUAGAAUUCAUUGAAGUAGGGAAUGGUGAGAAACAAAAGCCAACCAUUGUAGAGGCCCCCAUCUGCCUAAUAGAUGUCCUGCGAGAGAUGGUAGAGAAGGUUGGGAUAGACCCAACCGAUGGCCACAGUGAACUGGCGAUGAGCGGGCGCAAUAUCGGCACAGUCAUCUUAGCGAAAUUGAAGGAACUCAAACUGGACUUGAAGAAACUUGUCGGCCAAGGAUAUGAUGGAGCAAGUAGCAUGAGUAGCCAGCAAGUUGGUGUAGCUGCAGUAGUGAAGGAUGAAGCCCCUCUUGCCCAAUAUUUCCAUUGUGCCAUGCACAUGCUGAACCUUUGCGCCACCAAAUCAACUCAAGUAGUUUCCAUCAGAAACUGUUUAGAUAUUAUCCAGCAAAUGACAUCCUUCUUCAACAGCAGUGCCAAAAGGGUUAUCCAUCUAGAAGCAGAAAUUGCAAAUGCAGGCAUAGAGGAGAGUAAGCAACGAAGGCUGAAAACCCUGUGCCAGACGAGAUUCCUAGAGAGACACGAGGCUGUUAUAAACACCCUCUCUCUACUGCCAUAUGUCAUUCGGGUGGUGGAGAAUAUGACGGGAUGGCAAAUGCCAGAAGCGAGAAGCAAAGCUGCAAGUCUUCUCAGAGCCAUCGCUUCAUUUGACUUCUUGGUGUCUCUCCACAUCCUGGCGAAGGUGAGCGGAAUCCUCCUCCCAGCGUCAAGAGGUAUGCAGGCUGUCGGCCUAGAUCUGGUAGAAGCUGUGACACUGGUGAAACAUGCUACAGAUGUACUAGGGUCAUGGAGGAAUGAUGACACAUUUGACCAUCUGUUUGACAAUGCUGAGAAGAUGGCGAGUGAUUUGGAUGUGACAGUGGAGCGCCCUAGAACUGCAUCCCGUAGUGUGUAUCGUCCCAAUGCCACUUCUGGAGUUCAAGUUCACAAUUCGACACACGAGUACUACAAACUGAAUGUCUUCCUCCCUCUAAUCGACAAUAUUGUGACACAUCUACAAGACCGCUUCAGUCCCACACAAAGAAAGAUAAUGCAUUUGAUGCAUCUAGUUCCAGCCUACAUAAGCACCUACGAAGAUGUGCUUCCUGCAGCUGAGACGUAUGAUAGCUUGAUCGACAUCAGCUGUCUUGAAGGUGAGUUCGCUAUAUGGCUAAAGAGAUGGGACAAUACAGAAGCAGGAGAGAAGAAAUCAGUGAACACAGCGCUCCUUGCACUAGAAGAGUGUUCAAAGAUAACCCUACCCAACAUCCACUUGCUCCUUCAGGUUUUAGCAACCCUGCCAGUCACAACAGCCCAGGCUGAACGAACUUUUUCAAAGUUAGAGAGAACAGCAACAGCAAUACGAGCAUCAAUGGGGGAGGAAAGGUUGGAAGCUUUACUCCUUAUUCAGACUUACAGAAAGGAAACACCUUCAAGCGAUGAAGUUCUAGAUAAGUUCCGUUCGUCACAGAGAUCCAGGCGGAUUCUACUUUGA